CAGCAGACACACUAAGCCCACACAUAGGCAGCACAAAGGGAGACACUGGGAGCAGACUUCUUGGUUAUACGAGAGGAAGACAGACACAGGCCAUGGGUGUGUACAAAUCCAAGCCUCAGAAACAAGCACAGGUCCUGAUGCUGGGCCUGGACGGAUCAGGAAAGACCACCCUGCUCUACAAACUGAAGUACAAUGAGAGUGUGGUGACUGUGCCCACUGUGGGCUUCAAUGUGGAGACGCUGGACACAGACAGGAGCAGCCCAGGCCUGACAGUGUGGGACGUGGGGGGUCAGAGGAAGAUGAGGCCCCACUGGAGGCAUCACUUUGUGGAUACAGCUGGGCUGGUGUUUGUGGUGGACAGCUGGGAUCAGAAGAGGCUGGACGAGGCCCGCAAGGAACUGCAUCGGGUCCUAAGGUAUGAAAGUCUCAGCGGAAUUCCCCUCGUGGUUCUGGCCAACAAACAGGACCUUCAGGGCGCUCUGAGCCCCGAGUCUCUGUGCCUGAAACUGGACUUGAGGCAAGUGUGUGAGGGCAGAGCCUGGUUCAUCCAGCCUUGUUCAGCUAUCAGCGGCAUGGGACUGGAGGAAGGUUUCAGGAGGAUCGUCUACCUGAUGAAGACGCCCCUGAAACAGACUCAGGAGGACAUAAAGGUGAAGAUGAGGUCUAAAGGUAUCAGUAUCACAGCUGUGAAGCAAGUCUUACUCUGCAGGAGGUGAUGGAGGAAGAUAUUUUUCCGGGGAGAUUCAUUCUGGCCUCACUACGGCUGAAACAAACAGCAUGAGCACAGUUUUUAAGUUCUAAUUUCUGUGGCUGAAGGAACUUCAGGUCAGUGCUGGUGAAGACAGCGUGUCUUUGGAUCAGGGUUGUUACCCUACAAGAUGCAGUUUCAGAUCUUGAGUUAUGAGGAGACCUGUAAGAAAAAGCACAUUCAAUACAAGCGUUUACAUUCUGUACAUGAUAAUACCUCUGUCCGUCUUGUGGCUCAAAGACACUCUUUUCAGGUUGUAUUUUUUGUCUUUUCUUCUGUUUUUAAGAAUAUAACCUCUUGUCAUGUGCCUACUAUUUAAUUCAAAUGUUUGUAUUUAUUUUGGAUGACCUUGUUAUCCCUCAAUCUGUUUAACAACACAAACAUCACAUAAAACGUGAUUUCAAUGUAAAGUACAACUGUGGUCACAAUCAACCUAUUUAAAUAAUAAUUUAAAGAUUGUGUUGACUCAUGUUUUACUGUAUUGUUUUGUUACAAUGAAAUAAAGAUGCCCAGUUUAAAAAAAAAAAAAGAAUGAUAUUGUCAUUGUGCACAAAUGGAAUAAGAUGUCAUUUAACUUUUAUGGAAAAAGGUUGCAGUGCAAGAAAAUAAAGGGAAAGGCUUUAAUAGGGUUUUGGCAAUCUCAAGGGAGUCAAAAGAAACAAGUUAUUUAAUUCAAUCUUAAUA